UCUAGCUACAUAAUAUUUAUAGUCCAACAUUUCAUGCUGAAUUUUGUAGUGACUUGAGAAUCCAGAUGGCACCUACAAAAAUUUUAUUAACCCUAAUUUUCUUUCUUUAUAUGGUCUUUUUUAAUGUUUGUAGUAGCCAUCAACACGGUAAUACGUCUACAACUCUACUAAAUCUUAGUCCCGAGAUUGAUAACCAACAUAAUGAUACUAGUUUAAAUUAUACUCGAGUUAACUUUAGGGACAAUAAACCCCAAAAUGGAGGAGGUGGUGGCGGAGGUGGUGGAGGUGCAAAUAGUGGUGGUGGCGGAGGAGGUGGCGGCUAUGCUUGGGGAUGGGGUGGUGGAGGUGGAGGUGGAGGAGGUGGUGGAGGUGGAGGUGGAGGUGGUGGAGGAGGAUGGGGUUGGGGAGGCGGUGGAGCAGGGUGGUGGAAAUGGGGACCUUGUGGUAGAGGGAGACAAGGAGGAAAGGGACAUGUUGCAAGGAAACGAGGGUUUGGUAGGGGAAACUUUGCAAUGGGAGAAUUUGCACAAUGCAUGGGAGAAGGGAAGUGCAAAGGAAUGAAGCUUGCUUGCCCUCUUCACUGCGGUGGCCCUUGCUUCUACGAUUGCCUAUACAUGUGCAAGGCUCAUUGUCGACACUAAGCUUUAGUUCGACCAACGUAGGGUUCCCUCCUUGCUCUCCCUGGUUUGGAAAUUUUUCUCGCUAAUAGUUGAUUGUUCUGUAUUAGUGAUUGGUAGCAUGUUUUACUUUGAUAAAUAUCACGAGUUUACUCAUUGGUAAUAGUUGAUUGUUUUGUAUUAGUAAUUGGUAGCAAGUUUUAUUCUGAGAUCAAUAUCACAACUGUACUUUUUUGGUACUUGUAUUUUGAGUCUUGGCACUUUUUGG